AUGGGAGUUUAUACCAAGACGAUCUUCCAGACUAAGCCCUAUUUCAAUCCUAUGUUAGGGCCUUCAACGUUCUUGGAGAUCAAUGUCGGAGCCAGAUACGCUCCUUGUAUGACCUUUAUUUCAGGAAUUACAGACCUGGAUGACUUGGAGUGGCCUUGUCCCAAUUCGACAAGCGUGAGCUCGGAAGUUUGUUCAUUAUCUGAGCUUUGCGGAUUGUCCUCUAUCAAAAGAAACUCUUCUGGCUACUUGCAGCCCAACCAAUGGUAUAGAAUGAUUACUGCAAUUUUCAUUCAUGCUGGAUUUGUUCACAUAUUCUUCAAUUUUUUACUUCAGAUCAUGGUUGGAUCCACGGUGGAGUUGUAUAUAGGAUCUAUUAGAUACGGUGUCAUCUAUAUGGCAUCUGGAAUAUCGGGAUUCCUUCUUGGUACAAACUUUACACCCAUAGGUAUUGCUUCCAUGGGUGCCUCGGGGGCUCUCUUUGGAUCAUGUAUCUCUACAAACCUUCUUCUUCUUCUUAUGAACCAGAACGGCGAACACUACGGCAUUAAGAUUCGAACUAGAGGAGCGUUUUUGCUCUGGAUGCUUGCAUCUCUAGCUGAAAUUAUUAUUCUGAUUUUCUUGGGCUUCUUACCUGGCUUAGACAACUUUUCUCAUAUCGGUGGCUUUAUGAUUGGAAUAAGUUUGGGGCUGGUACUUCUCAAUGACCCAAAGUUUGUCUAUAAACCGGAAUUCUUUGGCACUGACAAGAUUCCAGUAGACGCAAAGUUUUUGGAUAUACGUAAAAGACCUCAGUUCUUGAUAUGGUCAUCUGUUAGACUUGUUAUGCUUGCUCUUACCAUACUUUAUUUUGUCUUCUUGUCGAGAAAUUUUGCUAUAAAGGGUGCCAAAGCCUCUCAAUCUUGCAAAUGGUGCAAGUAUCUCAAUUGUCUUCCCAUAAACGGUUGGUGCGACCAAGGAGCUAUUACUACCACUUCUGCAUAA